GUAAGGCAACAUGGCGAACCCAUUCUUAAUGGACGAUGAUCUGGGAGGCGCUGAUGCCGACCCAGCAGCCAAUCCGUUCUUCUCCAAAACGGAUGGCGAAGAAGCUGAAUUGGAAACAGAUAAUCCAUUUGCCGGUCAAUCUAAUCCAUUUGCAUUUAGCGAUGAACCCGAAGAAGGCGCCGCGCCAGCUUCUGAUCUUGAUCCAGCAAUGAGCUUCUUUGGCACAACUAUUGAGGCGGAAGAUGAUACGCUUAGUAUUAAGUCUACAGCCGAAGAGGAAGAUGAAACCUCUAAACGUGGUCCACCACCCAGGCCGGUGCCACCGCAAACGCAGGAACUUAUCAACGCGGUUUCCAAUCAGAUGGAGGAGGCAAGCUCCGAGCUACUCGGACGUAUACCAGCCACUCGUUCCCCAAGCCCUAUAUCAAUGCGUGAUCUACACUCACCCAGCCCCACACCAGAUUCCGGCUUAGCUGAUCUACUAGAUGUGUCUGACAGUGGUUCGUCGGGCAAUACGCAAGGAUUUGACCUGGACUUAGCUGGCAGUGGUACCAACAACAGUGCUGAUAAUCCGUUUGGGGUGCCAACGGCCAUUCCUAGCUUACAUGGCGCCACACCCAUGCCUUCACCGGCAAAACAGCAACCCCCGCGACCCCCACCACCACGCCCAGUGCCACCGAGACCCACACCACCCACUGGUGUGCCAGCGCAACAAAAUCAACCGCCUCCGCGGCCAACUCCACCAGUACCAGAACCAGCAUCUCAUCCAGUUGCAGAUCCAUCAGAUUCAGAGGAUCUAUUCGAUAUGUUUGGCACAACAAAGCCACCUAAACCGCCACCACCAAAGACAAAAGAAGACAUUUUAAGCCUGUUUGAGAAACCAGCACAACCAAUGACGAAACCUGAUCUCUUAAGCGAUGAUCUCGUACUCGAUCAUACAGCGGAAACACCGGAAGAAAAAGAAGAAGAUGAAAACAAAUCAGGAGAAGAUCCUAUUUUCACCUCGAUGCUAACACGUCCCGAUGACAGCACACAUGAUAUUACAUCACAACCACAAGCAGCAGAUCUUAACAUAUCGAUGAUAAAUAGUAUGGAGAGGAAAGAACUGGUUGUCGACGAAACUAAGCCACGUGCCCCAACUCCUGACAUUGAAAUAACUACCGUCGAAGAUCUUCCCCGAUCAGACGAUGAAGAUGAACCAGAGCCCGUAAACCCAAUACCACCAGUGGUCAUUGAAACUGAGCCAAGCCCCGAAGGCGAAGAGGAAGAGAAAGAAGAAAAGGACGCAACACUUGCGACUGCCGAACCGGCAGCAAACACAUCGGUCGAUUCCGAUCAUAGUCCCCCUACGGAAUCUGCAGCAACCACUCAAGCUGUGCCCGAGUCAUCGGCGGAAGCAACUACCGAACAACAGAUUAGUGAGUUUGAGCAAAUGGAUACAGGUUUAGACUUUGCAUCUGCCAGUGCAGUUGCAAGUGGUGCAGCUUCUGCAAAUCCUUUCGCAAGUCCUGAUGAGGAAGAAGAAACGUACCCACCACCCUCUGUGGUGACAAAUAUAUUUGCCAUGGACGAUAUGGACGCUGCAGUGGUGACAAAUAUUUUUACCACGGCGACGGAUUCAAUCACAACUUCGGCUGUGCCAGUGAAUAUAUUUGCGGCAGAUCCGGAUCCGGAACCAGAGCCAGUAACAGUCACCGCACCACCAUACACAGCUAAUAAUAUCUUCGCCAUCGAACCGGAUGAGUUUGACGCUUUCUCGGCCAAGUUUGAUUCCGUUAAAAAGGAUAACAUUAGUAUACUUGAUGGUUUUGGCGGCUCUGGCGCUGUGACACCGUCCGGUGGAGAUGCUUGGGGUGACAGCGCAUUUGGUUCGCCUGCAACAACCAACAACGCUUUCGGCGCAUCAGAUGCUUUCGACAAUGAGGAUGAUGACUUCUAUGCAAUGAAAGCGCCCAUUCGCGCUGAUUCUGUUGAGUCGGUGGACAAGGAGUUCAAUGUUGUCAUCCGCCCGAAAGGUGAUACCACACACGCCAUUGCACCGCAACUGGCACCACCACCACCCCCAGCGCGCGCUACCAGCGGUCAGCUGUCAAGCGAUACGUCGCCAGCUGUCAACCCCUUCGAAGACACAGGUUUCCCGGCACCAGCUCAAACGGGUGAAAACAAAGUCAAACGCACAGACUCCCAGGACACACCACAAACACCGCUGUUCGAUGAAGAUGUCUCCCAGCCACUGGAAGACUUUCCACGAUUAAACUAUGUUGGACCCGGCUGGGAAAUGCAGCUACGACAACCGAACAAGAAGAAGAUAACCGGUCAACGGUUCUGGAAGAAAAUCUUUGUACGUUUGGUAGUGCAGAACGAUGUGCCCGUCGUACAGUUGCUCAAUCAGGCAACAGACAAGCAACCAUUCCAAGAAUUGCCACUUCAGCCGUCAUACUCUGUGUCAGAGAUCGGCGCACAGCAGUACGAUCAGUUUGGAAAAAUUUUCACCGUGAAACUGCAGUACAUAUUCUAUAAAGAACGCCCGGGUGUGCGACCUGGACAAGUGACCAAGGCAGAACGCAUUACCAAUAAAUUGACUAAAUUUGCACAAUACGCCAUUGCGGGUGACUACGAGGGUGUGAAGGAGUUUGGAAGUGAUUUGAAAAAGUUGGGAUUACCUGUUGAACAUGCGCCACAAUCGUCACAACUAUUUAAGAUUGGCUCGAUGAACUACGAAGAUAUGAAACAGUUUUCGAUCUGCAUCGAAGAGGCACUUUUCCGACUGCCAGCGUUGCGUGAACGUGCGCUCGUCUACAAGAUGGAGGAGGUACAAGUGACGGCGGUCGAUGAAAUCGUUGUAGAGCAGGACUUCGAGGGCAAGAUUUUGAAACAGAUAGCGCGCGUGCGUUUAUUCUUCCUAGCUUUUCUCACAGGCAUGCCCUCAAUUGAGUUGGGAGUGAAUGAUAUGUGGCGCCAGGGUAAAGAAGUGGUAGGCCGGCACGACAUCAUACCAGUAGCCACUGAGGAGUGGAUUCGCCUAGAAGCUGUAGAGUUUCAUAGCGUGGUUAAUCAGGACGAAUAUGAGAGGACGCGUACAAUUAAGUUCCAGCCACCGGAUGCAAAUUAUAUAGAAUUAUUACGUUUCCGCGUGCGUCCACCCAAAAAUCGCGAACUUCCAUUACAGCUCAAAGCCACUUGGUGUGUAACCGGCAAUAAGGUAGAGUUGCGUGCCGAUAUACUUGUGCCAGGCUUUACAUCGCGCAAAUUGGGCCAAAUACCAUGCGAAGAUGUGUCAGUGCGUUUUCCAAUACCGGAAUGCUGGAUUUACCUGUUUCGCGUAGAGAAGCACUUUAGAUAUGGCUCAGUUAAAUCGGCUCACAGACGUACUGGCAAGAUAAAAGGCAUCGAGCGCAUAUUGGGCGCAGUCGAUACGCUGCAGGAAUCACUCAUAGAGGUCACCUCUGGCCAGGCGAAAUAUGAACAUCAUCACCGCGCAAUUGUUUGGCGGUGCCCACGUUUGCCAAAAGAAGGACAAGGCGCUUAUACUACACAUCAAUUGGUUUGUCGCAUGGCACUCACCUCCUACGACCAAAUACCAAGCGAAUUGGCACCCUACGCUUUUGUUGAGUUCACAAUGCCAGCGACACAGGUGUCGCAUACGACAGUGCGUUCGGUGAGCGUACAGGACUCGGAUUCUGAUGAGCCGCCAGAAAAAUAUGUGCGCUACUUGGCGCGACAUGAAUACAAGUAUGUGGCAAUUUUAAUAAUUUUAUAA